AUGGUUGACUGGCAACCCUCUCAACCAAGGUGGCAGCACUUCCUUCUGGUGACGACGGUGAUGAUCCGUGGCCGGGAUGUGGAGAGUGCGGCCCCCAUGCCCGGGGGAAGACCACCGAAUCCUAUUGUCUCCAACACCAUCGCAUCCGAAAGCCCUGCGGGGCACAUGGGAAUCAGUGCGCAUCGGCGAGCUGGAUGUCGUCCGAAUAGCGAGAAUAGAGCGAGUACACGUACGUAG